GUCACCGAGUGCUGACAGUCAUAAUGGCCGACGAUGAUUCCAAGACGUUAGCAUGCCGGCGAACCGCCAAGAUCAGACAGUACGUGGCAGCAAUACUGGCCAAUCUGUCCGCAUUUUCAAUCGGGACGAUGCUCGGCUGGACGUCUCCUAUGCAGCCACUCCUUUCCUCUGACAAUCCUCCAGUCGGCACAGAGCCCAUAUCUACGGAAUUCAUCUCAUGGGUGGGCUCGAUCAACUUCAUCGGAGCCUUUUGUGGAACCUUCUUUUGGGGUAUUGCCUCCGACCGACUGGGGCGCAAGUAUACUGCUCUCCUUGACGCAAUUCCUUUCAUAGUUAGCUGGAUCGUAAUUUUGACCGCACGGAACGUUUGGUGGCUGCUCGCAGCAAGGUUCAUCGUUGGAAUAGGCUGCAGUGGAGUUAUUAUCAACAUUCCCAUAUACGUCGCAGAAAUGGCAGAUGACAAAAUCAGAGGUUCUCUCGGUUCUUUCCUGAUGAUAUGUGUGAAUUCUGGGUGUGUUUUCUCGUACGUUAUAGGUUCGCUUACGUCUUACCAUGGACUCGCCGCUAUAUGUUUGUGUAUACCUAUAGUUUUCUUGAUGCUGUUUUCAUGUCUUCCUGAUAGUCCAAGUUAUUUGUGGAAUCACGGUAAGAGGAAAGAAGCUGAAAGAUCUCUUCUGUGGUUUCGAGGUGGGCAUAUCCAGCAGACGUUGAAAGAAAUUGAAGAUCUUAAGAUAAGACCAGAAAAGUUUACGGCAAAACCAUCAUUCAGAGACUUGUUCAGGUCAAAAGGAGUUAAAAAGGCAGUUAUUUUAAGUAUUACAUUUGUUAUUGGUCAACAGUUUAGUGGAAUCUUAGCCAUUUUGACGUAUACUGUGAAAAUAUUCCAAGAAUCAGGGUCAUCACUGUCAGCACACAGUUCAAUGAUUGUCGUUGGAAUUCUACAGUUAUCCUCAGCACUCAUGUCUUCCUUCGUAGUCGAUCGGGCUGGAAGGAGAUUUUUGCUUAUAACUUCAUAUUGUGCAAUGUCCAUAUCACUGUCUACUUUGAGCACUUAUUUAUACUUCUAUGAUGAUUCUUGGAACCCUCUGCUCAAGUGGAUUCCAAUUGUUUGUAUGUCGACAAAUGUUAUAUUUUACUCAGUAGGAGUUGGACCCGUUCCUUUUGUUGUUAUGUCCGAAAUUUUUCCUCCGGAUAUUCGAGGAUUCGCAACAUCAAAAAUCCAUUUGUUAGGAACUUCCUUAUCCUUUGCAACUGUUAAAACUUUUCCUUUUCUAACAAGCCUAUUUGGAAUCCACGGCUGUUUUCUUCUCUAUGCAGUAUUCUGUGCUAUCUUGUCAAUUUUUAAUUUUAAAAUGUUGCCCGAAACAAAGGGCAAGCCUCUUCAAACUAUUUUGAAACUGUUGAAUGGUGAAGAUACAACAAAAAUUGGAGAAAGUGAGUGUUUAGAACUUGUUAGUGAACAGAAGACCACAGUUGUAAAAAACCAGUUGGAAUAAUUAUGUACAAUUAAAUCUGUAUACGACUAACGUUAUUUUACUAUAUUUAAAAUAAUUGUAUAUACAUAUAAUUGUAUUUUACUUUUUUUACUUGUUGUAACUACAUGUGAAUAUAUUUGUAUUGAUAAAUUUACUUUUAAGAACAAAUUAUUGAUAAGUUGUGGUUAGUGAUUAUUGACAUAAAAUACUUGAUAUUGCGUAAGAUAACAAUUUUAUUACUACUUUAGUAACAAACAUAUUGCAAACUUUA